AUGUCAGCUGCAAAGAAUGUCAUCGCGACAGGAGCCUCUUCCGGCCUGGGCUUCGAAGCAAUCAAACAGCUACUCCAGCAAUCAGAGCCCUACAAUUUCAUUCUGGGAGCUCGGAGCAUAGCAAAGGCCCAGGCUGCAUACACCGAACUCGAAUUUGACACGGCCAAGCACACUGUCCAUGUUCUGCCGCUAGACCUCGCAGACUUGCGCAGUGUGCAGGGCUUUGCCCAGCAGGCGCUCGCUCAACUGGGUGGGAAGCGGUUGGAUUACCUCUUCCUCAAUGCUGGCACGCUCGAUGACGCCAAGGGUCCUGGUCCGCAUGGCUCAUCGUGGUGUGAAGGGUACGUCGUCAACCAUUUAGCUCAACAUUAUCUGGUCCAUUUGCUUCGUGAGACUCUGACAGUCUCGGAGUCACGUCUCGUCUUCGUUUCGUCCGGAUCUAUCCGUAGUAUUGGAGCAAACGAUCUGGGAGAUCUUGAUAUUGGCCUGAAGGCCGACUCCGGCGCCGGCAUUCGCGCCAUCUAUAGUGCCUCGAAGUUCGUGGGCCUGCUGGGAGCACACUACUGGCGCCGCGAACUUCCCAGCUGCAGAGUUGUGGCUGUCUCGCCCGGCCUCAUCCCCAACACCAAGCUGGCCUCGGAUAUGGGUCUGUCCAUGGAUAUGCCCGACGCCAAGGCCAUCCCAGAAGGAGCGCAGAACCUUCUUCGCGCAUGGUCCAUCAACGACUUCCCCGCCGACCGCGAGCAGAUAUUUUUGACCAGCUGGGGCGAGUGGUGGCCCAAGGAUGUAUAUGGACUUAGUCUGGACCCGAAUCUGCAGGCGAAAUGGUGCUUAAGCAGGGAGGAGAUCGAGAAGGCUGAGGGACUUGCGGCAUAA